CGACGUGCAGUUUUGUUUACAUGUGCGUGCUAAGAAGUCCAUUUAGCGAUCUGUGAUCGAACUAAAGAAAUUUAAUCAAGUUUUAGCUAAAAUGAACUCAUUUAAUAAACUAAAACCCCUUGCCAGUAGUGUCGGCUUGAUUUCCCGUAAUUAUGCAUUCAAAUCGGACUUGAAAAUUAAGUGGGUUCGGCCGGAGAAAAUUCCAUGCUACAAGCCGCAAAAGAGUGGCGAUUUGCUGCCGAUGCGACCGAUUGCCGGUUCGGAACUGCUGAAGGAUUUCCGGAUGUCCAAGGAGCUGGAAAGUGCGGAUGACACGGUUAAGGCAAUGUUCUCCCUGGAUCAUAACCGCAGACGGGAAAUGCUGGAAAACUUUAAGGAGGAAAUGGUGAAACGAGUUCAGCGGCAUGAACUGGAUUACGGCUCGAUUGAAGCCAAGUUGGGUCUGAUGACUGCGCAAAUUAGAAGCCUCCAGGAAGUGAUGGAAAAAUUCCCUCGACAAUCGGCUGCUAAGGUCCAUCUGAAGGAACUAAUCGAUAAGAGGAAGCGUUUUCUGAGAUAUUUGAGACGUUGGGACUACAGGAGAUUUGAGUACAUACUUGAAAAAUUAGACCUGGUGUACAAGCCGUAUCCUACGCACUUUCAUUGGAUUACCCGAAAGGAUUCUCUUCGUAAGCUGACCGACAUUCACUGCGACGACAUAAAGAACACUCGUCUGCAAAACUAUCGCCAGCUGCUGGAAUCUCAACAGUUGGACUUCCUCGCGAAGAAGCUAGAAAACUUGGAAUUCAUUCGGAAGGAGCAGAUCGAGUGCAAAGUUCCCGUCACGGUCAGUGUGGAACAAAUUCAGGCGGUGAAAAAGCAAUACGAAGAGCUGAAGGAAAAGCGAAAACUGAUGGAAGAAAAAACGCAAGAGGAAGAAUGAAUAUGAUUGUUAUAAAAACUGGUUUAUUUCUUGUAUAAAAUAAAAUAAAAUUAGUUUCUAGUAGAGUAUUAAAUUGUA